UUCUCCAUCUCCUUCUCCGAUCCAUCAACCACCCGCCACUCGCUCGUAUUCCGUCUCUUGAUUCCAUCUCAUCUGCAGGCUGAAGUCGAUCAGCUCUCCUUCUCUCCAACAAAACAGCCACACAAGAUCCUCCGCCGCAGCAGAUCGCCAGGGUUGUGCCGCUGCUAGUUGCAAAGCACCAUCCGCCUGUUUUUUGCCAAUUCGUAUCGUUCGCAUCUCGGGAAUCGCUCCUUUGCAAAUCGUCCACAAAUCAUCCAUAUGCGCCAUGGGUCGCCCACUCUUUGUUGCUCCAGUUGAGACCGAUCUCCCCCACAAAGAUGCGCCAAAGCGUGACGUCCUUUCUCCGUCUCGUUCAGCCAUAAGGCGCUCGACCCAGACAGAAACACGCGAGCGGCGGAAUCCCAACAGACGCACCGGCGUCCGCAUCGUUGCCCUUCAGCCACACAGCCGUUCCACGCGGAGCUAUCCUCCAUGGGGUCUCGACGAUGGAACCAGGCAUCUUACCCCUUCCUUGUACGAUCACGAGGAGCCGUCUUCUGGGCCUGCACGCGAGGCAUUGAGAGAUGUCACCUCCAGACCACCGCGCAGUGAUCGUCGUCUAGAAGACCGGAUGAGUAGCCUAUUUGGUGGCACUUGGCAUAACAUCGGCCCCCCCUCUUCACAGAGAAAUGAUGAAGCUGCAUCAGACAGGGACUUUUGGUGGAAUAUCGAAACUCGGCCGCAACCGCGGCGUGCGCGCAUCCUUGCACCAGAAAACCCCCCCAGGCGCAAUCGCAGCCCCCACGGGCGACGCUCAUACCAUAUCGGUACGCCGCCCUACCGGCCGACACGGGACGGGUCUGAGAGGCUUCAGAGCGAAUCGGCAACAUCAAAUGACGAUACCGCACCACAGUACGCCUUUGCCCCGUAUAGAUCUCUGCGUCGAAACCAAGCACGAGCAUUCCGAACUUUCAUGGGUGCGGACGCAUCCAGCCGCAUUCGCCAGCGGACUCAUGCGACUGAUGGCCUAGGAGACCGCGACAGAAGCCUCAGCCCGGAGGUUUGGGAUACCUUGCUCACGACACUAACUCCUGAUCCACAGCCGCCGAGCGCAAGCUCUUCAUUUGCGUCUGCAGCAGUAUCUCAAAGUGCGGGCCCUUCCAACGCUCCUCCACCUGCUCCAGGCCUCCCUGACGAAACUGCGGACGGUGCUUGCGAAUCGGGACACGAAAUGUCUGAGGAUGAAGAGGGCGUGUUGUAUCGGUUUCCUCAUGAGGUCGGCACCAUUGACGAGCAACUACGUCGCCACUUUCGACGACGCCCGUCAGUGCCGGACUAUAAUCUAGAUGGACCAUCGGAUGGACCUUUGGACAGACCUUUAGAUGGACCACAAUCUCACCGAUCCGAGGCUUCUAGACCCGGUCAAAGUCCGGGGGAUUCCCGGACGAACGGUUAUGCUCUGCUGUUAACCAACAGCUGGCUCACUCGCGCAGGGUCGGAGGACGAAAGGGGAGCUGACCGGACCCGACCAAACCGGGAAGGAUCUGCGGGAAGCGGGCACGGCGUUCAGACAGGAGACGAGGAGUGGCUGGGCAUGCGGCGAAUCGUCCAGAGUCUUGCGGCGAGAGAAGAUAUUCCAGAUGAGUGGUGGGCUGAGGCUGGUCUCAGUCGAACCCUUCCCCAUGACGAGUCCAACUGAGGAAGAAGCCUCGGUUGAACAGGGCGCCAACGCCGACAAAAGAGCGGCUCUGCUUGGGCCAGGAGAUAUGCUUUUAUAUGAAUGCCGAAGAUUUGGCAUGUUUGCUUAUUGAUUUACUGGUUCGCCUAUUUACUCAUUCCGGGACCCUCUUUGCGGGAAAGAGAGGCUAGCACUACCAGAUUGAACUUGGACGAUGAGAAAACGUAUUGUAUGAUUACAUUUAUUAGCAACAAAACAUGAAGACAGCGGGAUGGGAAGCGAUUUGAAGAAGCCACACUGGCAUUACGCAUUACGGAUUGAAGGGUUCAAGAAAGCAACCCGACACCAGCGAUAUAUCUAAUAUACUGAUAAAAGUUUGCUGUUUGACG